CAUUGAUCAGAAAUUUUAUUAUGUCCUCUGAUAACAAAUUGUGAUGGUGUCAAAAUACUCGAACGAAAUUGGUAAUGUAUCGAAAAUGACUUAUAUGGCUAUAUGGUACUUGAAAACCAUUAUUCAGAAAAAUAAUUUACUGAAAUCUUGACCGGGGUAAUGAAUAAAAUGAGUUGAAAUGAAGAAGAGAUUCAGCUCCGCAGAUAUUAAUCAAAAACAUGGCAAUGAGCUAUCAAAAAAGUUAUAUAGAACUAUAACAGACCAAACCAAACGUUUGGAUGAUGCUCGAAGCUGUGCCAGAAGUAUUUGUGACUUAUUCACACCCAACCUCUUGAUACAACGACGCAAAUUAUGUGAAUACUGCGAAAGAUUGAUAUUUUCUGAUCCAGCCUUGUACGGCAGAAAAGGUGAGGAACUCCUUUGGCGGAAAGUCUUUUAUGAUACAGUCUCAGCUGCAAAGAAGUUGAAGAAGAAUGUGUAUACACAGGAUGAGAUUUCUUACCUCCACAAUCAUAUCUAUGCUGGCAUUGGUUUUUAUCACCACCUGAUAUCAAAACUUCAAACAACCUACAAUUUAAGCCUUCCCAAUGUCAUUGAUUUUCCUAUUAGUGAAAAUGAGACUGUUCAGAAUGGAGAAUUGAAGGAAUAUCAUCAAGAAUGGGCAGAAUUAGCUGUACAUCAGUGUUUGAUAUACCUAGGGGAUUUGAACAGAUAUAAGCUUGAGAUUACUCCCAGCUCUAAUACGACUUUACCUAUUCGUUUUUAUAUGCAAGCGAUAUCUUAUAAACCUGAUUAUGGAAUGCCGCAUAACCAAAUGGGUACACUGGCUCUCAGCCAAGAAAAUCAUCUGGAUGCUGUUUAUCAUUACAUGCGGUGUAUGGCAUGCAAAUAUCCAUUUGAUGGAACAUCUAAUAAUUUGAUAUCACUAUUUGAGAAAAAUUCUCAUUACUUAGAGCAACUACCCCAGCAACAUAAUGACGCAGAUUGUGCUGUUUUGCUUCCGAAAGGUGAACAAGUUAAAAGAUUCAUUGCUAGGUUUCUCUUAUUGAUUGAUAUUUGGUAUUUCAAUAAGAAUAUACCCAAAGUAUUCAACUUGUGUCAUUUGACUUUUAAAGAUUUGGACAAUUGCUUGUCUUAUUCCAAACCAAGUAGUGAAAGUGGCGAGACACCCACAGAUGCAGAUUCAUUAGACUCCGAAAAUUCAAAUUCACCAACGUAUUUAAACAGUCGUAUUCUCUUUAAAAUCACAGUUAUUUGUCUACUUUGUAUUUCCAAGUUGCAGUCUGGUAAUUCACAGCAAGUUUCAACUGUCACAGCUUUCACUUUAGCAGUUUAUUCCCAGUUAGUCCAGAAAAUAACUAAUCACAUACAAGUCAGUGUUCUCAACUAUCCGUUGGCCGAAGUAGAUGUCAAAAAGCAGAAAAAGAAACAUUUUGGUAAAAAACUGAGGAGGCGUAGGAAACUGAAGAAAGAUUUAAAUGAAGAUUCUGAAUCUAGUGAUGACGAUAUAUCGAUGUGUUCAUCAGAUGGGUCUUUUAUAUCCGAUCAGGAAGAUAUUCUUGUGGAAUCGUCUGAAGACGAACUGGACGUAACCCUUGAUACCACAACUUCAGAAGGUGCUGAUAAAACCAUUGAAAAUCAUGAAGAAACUGACAAAGCUCUGACAGAUUCACAACAAAAGGAGGAAGUGUUGAAAAAAGUGAAGAAGAUGGACAUGAAUGAUAUGAUCGAGAUUAUUUCCGAGGAGAACUUGCUCCAAAGUAUAAAGAUCUUGAAUGAUUGGUUGAUGUUGGACACGGCGAUACUCAAAUCCUGUUGUACUAACACCCGUUGCUUAAUUCGUCAAAUCACUUAUUUGUUGAAUUUAGUCAAUUUGGAAAUCACCGAAAAGCAACUGAAGCAUGUGGGUGUCGAUUUAACGAACGUGGACAAGGUAAAUGAGGAAAUUCCACUGACUGAGGAUGUAGUUUUGAAAGGUUGGGACUUUUUAUCUGGCUCCCAGAAAAAGUUGGAUUGGAAACGACUGUCGAAAAAGACUUUUACAGUAAAAGAGGAAGCUAUGAUACGAAUAAUAAAACUGAAGGCUUUCGGAAAGCAUCUAAUGUCUAUUUCAGAAGCGGGUAUCACAUUUGAUGAGAAAGAGAAAGUUUAUGUUUGUAAAGCAGAUGAUAAAGAGAAGAAGACAGGUGAAGACGAAUUGAACACUCAAGAUUUCUCGGAAACUCCAGAAACUCCACCAUUAAUCAACGGAAAAACAAGAGAAGCAUCUACCCCUUCCCCGAACAAUUCUCGUGGAGGCCAGUUGAUCAAAAUGAAGCACAUGGGGCAGUUAUGGUUGGCAUCGGAGGUCAGCGCACUAGAGAAUAGAGUGAGGGGAAAAACCUCUCUGUCCCCGUAUCUAGUCAUAGAUGCUGAUGCCUUGACCAAGUAUAAUUUCAUGGUGAAAUACUUGGUACAGUCUAGGAAAUUCAUCGUGUUGGUUCCUACUGCCGUCGUGUCUGCGCUGGACGAUUUGAAGAGGGAGAAACCAGAAGCGAGAGACGCCAUCCGAUGGCUGGAGACCCAGUUCCAGCGUGGCAACCGGUUUUUCAGAUCCCAAAGGCCCCAAGAAAGAGCCUCCAUUCCGUUGAUCAAGUAUCCCAAGAAGAAGGACAAGGAAAUGUUCAACUACAUCCAAAUCAUUGAGUGUUGUUACUAUCUGUCCGAACAACAAAAAGGUGCAACGAACGUUGUGACUCUGCUGAUCGGCAAUCAGAACCUACUGACCAAUGGGGAAAACAAGGAAUUCAGUUACGUUGGUCUUGCUAAGACCGCUGGAAUAACUAUCGAAUCGAUCACUCAAUUUUACAACAAAUGGAAGAAAACGAGCAGAGAUAACAGGUGAAAUUGAAGAUGGGGAUGUUGAAUUCGGUUAAUUUCUGAAAGGUUCGAGAACCUAAUCGAGACCAGCCAGCUGACUCGGAGCCAAGUUAAAGUGAAUUAUUAUAAUUCAGUAUGGAAUAUUAUUAUUCAUAUCAAUAUUAUUUCGCGGGAAGCGUGGUACUUCCGAUAUGUUUUUGGGCAGACUUUCAUUUAUGUAAUUUAGUUAUGUUGAGAUGUAAUAAAGUCUCAGUUUUUUCAA